UUCAGUGGCGGCUCUCACACACAAACACAUUUAGCACUACUACUAGCACCUAAAUCUAGCAAUAUUCAAGCUUCCUUUCUAUCUUCUUGGCUAACCAAUGGGUAGUUUGAAGCCCUUGGCUCUGCUUGCUUUGCUUAUUUCAGCAUUUGCUGUGGUGUCUGAAAGCCGAGUGGCAAGAAAGGACCUGGGAUUGGACCUUGGUGGGAUUGGUAUUGGUGCUGGGAUAGGCAUUGGACUAGGACUAGGACUAGGAGGUGGAAGUGGUGCAGGCUCCGGCUCCGGCUCCGGCUCCGGCUCCGGCUCCGGCUCAGGCUCGGGUUCUGGUUCGGGCUCGGUCUCGGUCUCGGGCUCAGGCUCAGGCUCAGGCUCAGGCUCGGGUUCAGCUUCUGCCUCAGGAUCAGGUUCUGGGUCAAGCUCUAGUGCAGGGUCAGAAGCAGGUUCAUAUGCUGGGUCUAGAGCCGGAUCAAGAUCAGGAUCAGGAGGCAAUCAAGGAUCAGGUUCGGGUUCUGGAUACGGUGAGGGUUAUGGAAGAGGCAGUGGCUCCGGUCAAGGCUCCGGCCAAGGUUCUGGUUAUGGUGAAGGUCGUGGCUAUGGCUCAGGGUCUGGGAACGGGCAUGGAAAAUGAAGUUAUCACAUUAUUAUUUCACAUCAUUUUAUUUGGAAUGAUCAAAAGAAUGUCACCACUUUUAGUAGUACUAUGAAUAAAUAAUUAAGUUGAGUCUUUAUAUAUAUGCAUGUAGUAUCCUUCCUUUGUAUCCUAUUUAGAGUGAUAGAGUCCUUCGUGCGUGAAUUCAAGAAAUGUAUGUUGGUUCAAAUUUAAUUUCCAUGGAAUUAUGUGAGUUCUACUUA